CUCAUAGAAAACGAAGACAUUUUGUCAGCUCCACAUUUUCUUUCUCUUUCCUUCUUCGCGACAAUUUUUAAACGUUAAAAUUGUUGCUUGAAUUAUCGUUUAAUCAUUUAUUGUUACAUUUAUACGUGUACUUAAGUGUAAGAUUAUUUGUAUAAUACAUAUUGUAACAUGUUCCUUUAACAGUAUUAAUACUUGUUACCAGAGAGAGAGAAGCACUACAUCGAAGAGGAACGGGAACAUAUACAGCAGACGUUAGUUCAAGAGAGAAAAGGGAUGAUGAGAGAAAAGGAGAGGGGCUAUGCAUAGUUUGGUUAUAUGUCGACGGCGGUGCACAACAAACGGUCGACAUGUUUCAUCGACGAUGCGGUCACCGUGUUACUUUAACGAACAACAAUUGCACGGCCAUACGAGACUUCUCCGAAUACAAUUAUGGAUUGGUGCUCAGCGCGGAACCCCUCAAGGAUGGCGAACUUUUCGAAGUCCGCAUCGACAAAAAGAUGACAUCAUGGAGCGGUAGUAUAGAGAUUGGAGUGACAGAAUGCGAUCCGGAGGUCAUAGAACUGCCCGCCUGUGCUACUAGUCUCUUUCAAGGAACAUGGAUCAUGACCAACUGCGGUAUCGUUCAUAAUGGUGCCAGAAUGGUGGAAAUGUACGGAAUAGAUCUUAGCACCUUGGAAGAAGGAAAUACCUUGGGUGUAUUGAGAACACCAAAUCAUGAACUGGUGUUUUACAUCAAUGGCAUCUCUCAAGGUGUCGCUGUGCCCAAUAUACCAGAACGCAUUUUUGCAGUUGUAGAUAUGUAUGGUGAUUGUGUGCAAGUGACCAUCAUUCAUCCACAGGUCACACCCGCUUUGCCUGACGAUCCGAAGGAAGAAGUUGAAAUCAAUAAUGACUAUGUCCUUGGGGAAGCGUCUAAUUCCUCCACAACUAAUCUAGUCGCUAAUUUGAAUGUUAAUUUAAAUGUUAAUGUGAAUGUUAAUUUACCUAAGAAUCCAAGCCUUGCUGCCAUUAGAGAGGAUAGACUGAGGUUUCACGAGAGAGUGGGCUCAUUGGUAAAACUUUCAAACAAUGCUAGGACUGCUGAGAGAAGGAGACCUUUAAAUGAAUUUAACAAUGGAGUGGUAAUGACUCAUAGGCCAUUGAGAGAUAAUGAAUUAUUCGAGGUACGAAUUGAUAGGCUUGUGCAUAAGUGGUCAGGUAGUAUAGAAGUUGGAGUCACCAUGCACAGUCCUACAGCUCUAGAAUUUCCAGCAACAAUGACUAACAUGCGAUCAGGAACAACAAUGAUGUCUGGAUGUGGGAUUCUGGUGAAUGGAAAGGGCACCUGUCGCGAAUAUGGGCAAUUUAAUCUGGACGAGCUGAUAGAGGGUGACAGGGUAGGCAUGGUUCGAGGAAUCAAUGGAAAUCUUCAUUACAUAAUUAACGGCUUGGACCAAGGUAUAGCUGCUAAAGUUCCUGCAGGUGUUUGGGGGGUAAUUGAUCUCUACGGUAUGACGGUGAAAGUAACAAUCGUGGACCGGGAUGAAAGGGAGGAACAAAAUUUGGUUACCAGGAGAAACACAUUGCAACUUCAGGAUCUAAACGAAGCAGAAGAUGAACCACCAGAUAGACUCAUGUUCCACACAUGUUGUGGAACACAUGUAGAUGUGAUUAAUAAUGGCCGCACUGCAUACAGACCCAAUGUAAUGGAUGAUUUCAACAAUGGAGUCGUAUUAACUUCAAGACCACUCAAGCCGAAUGAAUUGUUCGAAGUCAGGCUGGACAAGAUUGUCACAAAAUGGGCGGGUUCCAUCGAGAUAGGAGUCACCACUCAUUCACCCACCGAACUCGAGUUCCCUUUCACGAUGACGAAUGUUAGAUCCGGUACAUGGAUGAUGACGGAGAAUGGCGUUAUGCAUAAUGGAACUGCAAUUAUAGAUCAAUACGGGCAGAAUCUCGACCGACUGCAAGUAGGGGACCGUGUUGGCGUCAUGCGGAAGGAUAAUGGAACACUGUAUUUCUAUGUAAAUGGCGCGGACCAGGGAGCUGCAGCGAUGAACGUGCCUGAAAGGGUUUAUGGUGUUAUAGAUCUGUACGGGCAGGCUGCGCAGGCAACUAUAGUGGACAACACAGACUUCUACAGUCCUACCACGAACAAUUCAAGUUUCAGCAACACAACUCUGUAUAGUGAUUUAAGGUUCCAUCACAUACACGGUAAGAACGCGAAAAUAAUAAACAAUGGAUUGACUGCUCUGAGGCCUAGAGCAUUGGGUGAAUUCAACGAAGCCAUCGUGAUCGCAAAUCGCGCUCUAAGGGACGGUGAAAUGUUCGAAGUGACCAUCGAUAAAAUGGUGGAUCGUUGGACAGGAGCUAUCGAAGCUGGUCUGACUCUUAUAAGACCUGACGAAUUAGUGUUUCCGUCCACUAUGACGGAUAUUGAUCAUGAUACCUGGAUGUUGUCCGGAUCAAACGUUAUGCGAGACGGUGUUACCGUGAGAAAUAAUUACGCCUGUGAUUUAGACAAGGUAGUGGAGGGUAAUAGGAUUGGUAUGAUGCGAUGUUCGGAUGGUAGCUUGCAUUAUUAUCUAGACGGUGUGGAUCAAGGAUCCGCUUGUACCGGAUUACCGCCACACGUGUACCCUGUAAUUGACCUGUACGGUCAGUGCGUUCAGGUGACAAUCGUACUACCAGAACGCAGGGAUCCCAUAACACAGCAGUACUUGCCAUCAGAAAACAGUAUUAGUCAGCAGCCUACUUCUGUGAUCCAACUGCAAGCACAGACAGAGAUCAUGCACAAGUUCCAUGAGUCCGUUGGCUUGUACAUUCAACUGAAUACCGAUAGAACAGUGGCGACUAGAUGUAGAGGGUACAACAACGCCAUACUGUUAAGCGAGACUGCAUUAGAGAAUAACGAGCUGUUUGAAAUUGCUAUCCAAGAGGUUGCCAGAAAGUGGAGUGGUUGUUUGAGAAUAGGAGUGAUCACUAACGAGAAUGGAAGCCGGUUGACAUCUAUGAAUCUCGUACCUGGCAUGGGAUCUAUUCCAGCUGACGCAUGGUAUUUGACAGGUAACGAAGUGAGACACAACGGAUACGUUCUCUGCAUGAAUUACUGUCCAAGUUUGGAGUGGUUACGCGUGUCCGAUAAAAUCGGUUUGAAACGUACUCACGAGGGUAAUUUGAAGUUUUACAUAAAUGGGGAAGACAUGGGAGUGGCAGCGUCCAACAUACCGGAAGGCGUGUACGCUGUGAUCGAGCUCUUCGGCACCACUGUGGCUGUGAACGUUACCAGCAGCAAACAGCAAAACCCUGCAGUGUCGCCGAAUGCUAGUCUAAGAUUGCAAGACUCGUUGGAAUUGCUGCUGGACCCUAUGCCACCGGUUUUACGGAAUGACACUGGGAUGGACACAUCAGUGGAUGUGUCAGAGGGGAAGUUAGUGAACGACGCCAUUCUCACUCCAACGCAACCUCCUCCUAUUCAUUUGACAGGCGAAAGCGACUGGAACUAUGAGUUCCAUGAGAACCACGGAAGGAACGUACAGUUAGAAACAAAACUAAUCGCGCGACGGGUAGCAAGCUAUAACCAAGGUGUGGUAAUGUCUAGUCGCCCCCUAAUAAAGGGCAAACCAUUCGUAGUGAAAGUAGAGAGGUUAAACGAGCGAUGGGUCUCCAAUAUUCUUUGCGGUGUGACUUGUAUCUCUCCGGAAAAAGCGAAUUUCCCUCUGACUGCGCUUGGUUUCAAAAAGCACUCGUGGAUCAUUUGCAGCGAUUGGAUAUUACAUAAUGGUACCAGGGUGAAAACGAAAUACGGAGCUGGCUUGGACAAUCUCCAGUCCGGUUCCGUGGUAGGUUUAUUCAUCGACGAGGACAAUAGGUUACAUUUAAUCAUUGACGGUAUAGAUCAAGGGGUUGUCGCGACGGAUUUGCCCCCGUACGUUUACGCGGUGUUCGACCUGUAUGGUCAGUGCGAGCAGAUCUCCAUCGUCGGAAACACCGUAGAGACGUUCUCGGCCGCUUCCGUCGACAACACAGCAACCGUAGGGUCCAUGGAAUUUAUCAGAGCUAAAAUAGAAGACACGGAAAACUCGAGGGAGAAAGCUGAUCUGGAGUGUCACGAAAAGGAAACUGUUGUCGCGGCCACGUCCUCCGACUUGUCGCCUUCCACUUCGCCAAGUGUGUCCAGUCAAUGCAGCUCCAACGUUAAGAUCGACAAUAUCGUAGAUUACUCUGGUGUUUCCAGUGGCAGCAAUUUGGAGCCGAGCGCGGAGACGAGCAGCGAGCCGAAAGGCGAGAAGAGCAAGACCUAUAACAAUUCGAAUCAGCUGAGUCACAGCGAGUGUACAAAUGUAGAGAUAAAUAACGCGACUAACAUUAACAUUAAGAACUGCACAGUGAACAGUAGUAGCAAUAUAAGCAGCUUGAACUGCAACAACGCGAUAAACGAAAGCAUAGCGUCCAACAGUCAAGGGAGUAACAUAAGUGCCACGCAUCAGAUCAUGCUAAGCUCGUCGCAGACAUUCUCAUCUCAGAAUACUCUGAACAACGUAACGUCGGAUGUGUCUAAUACCGUUUCUUCCAGUUUCCAUGAAAUACGCUCUAACAUGUCCUGGAACAAUACCGCCGACAAAACUCCUGUUAGUGGGAACACAACAUCGAUGGUACAGAGUACGACCCCUGUUCACAAUGGGCCCACUUCGCAAUUGCUGCAAGCUCCGUCCACACCGCCUGGAACGAACGCUAUAACCUCGAAAAAGUGCGAGUACUUAAAGGCCUGUAUAAGGUUGAAGAAGUCGCUGAUCCUGCCGGAUGAAUUUUUCUCUCUGGACGAUGUGUUUUGUUACUGCAGCGCUUGUUACAAGGUAGAAGGGGACAGUGCAGUUUGCAAGAAAGGCGAGCCUCCAGCGGAGUUUGCUGUACCAGUUGGUUGGACUAGGUUUCCAUUGAAACAGUGCAUCAAUGCUAAUCAAAUUCCACAAAGUACCACGGAUAAGUGGCACGUUGCAUUUUAUGGGAUUCGUUUGGACGCGAUCAGGUUAAUUUUAGAUACAGGGGAGCUGAUGACAAAGGAACAGCUAGAUAUUAGCAAUUUCACAAUGAACAUGAAAGCGGAAGACCAGAAUCCACAAGUAAUCUUCUCCCCCAGUAUAAAGUACGCCACGUCUGAAGAGUUUACCAGAAAGUAUCCAUACAUUGAUACCCAGUCGAAUAAAAAGCUGAAUGCAUCCACCGCGUUUCAACUACUGGUCAGACCUGGCUCGUACACGAUCAGCCCAGGCGUGAAAGAUGUCAGCGAUUCCCAAUUUGAAUCCAGCAAAUGGGCAACCAAAGAAGCAGGAGCGACAGUGAUUAUGGCUCUUAUGAUUCACCUCGAUGGAUUUUAA